AUUGAUACUGACCUAAAACUCCUUUUUCCAUUAUUCUAAAAGUAGAUCCGAUUAUUGUUGACUUAAGUAUCGGGGUGUCUACCUCGAUGAUCCACCUCGAGGCUUUGCAGGACUUGCCUGGGAAUAAAAAUGGCGGUUUUGAGGGUAUUGAGAGGUCUAGUAAGAGGAGAAAGUUGGUCUCGAGGUUGGAUCUGGGGAUCGAUGAUGACUCGAAGAAGGCAAGAAAGAUAUGUCCUCGGGAGAUCAGAAGGAAAAAUCGUGUUACCCUUCAGGAUUGAGGGAAUUAAACAAUCUUGGUUGUACUUGUUUCGUGAAUUCUGUGAUGCGGGCUUUGCUUCGUGCACCCCCUUUAAGUAAUUACUUCGCGAUCGACAUAAUCAUGAUCAAUGCGGGAACAAACCCGGGGGAAACCCAUGUUUGCUUUGUGAAAUUGGUACUGUUUUUCAGGCAAUGCAUUCCACCGAUCAUAACCUUUAUAGCCUUUACAGGUGAGCCUUGGUUAUUGCAUUUUUUUAUUUUUCCUCUCAGUAUUAACAAGAUAUGGAAUUAAGUUCUGAAAUCAAAGAGUUCUGAUUUUCCAAUUAUAUGAAUGAUUUAGGUUUACUAGAGUAGUGCAAAACUAGGCAUUUAUGUGCUUUUUGAUCUAGAUUUAAGCUUAGCAUUUGGGUACAGUGCUGUUAAUUUCCAUGCUAUUUUAGAGAUGGCAACUCUCAGUAAUUCAGUGAAUGGUGCUGAAAAUUUGUAUCUAUUGCGCCCUAGAAAUGUAUG